AUGUCCGCCAGCCGAAACAGCCGAGAUAGCGAGGGAAAAUAUCAGGAUGAUUGCGAGGAUGCUAUGGUAGCUGCAGGCGAUAGCAGCCGAGAGAAGCGUGUAAAAGCGAGGGAGGAACGAGAGAAACAGCAGAGGGAAGAAGAAGAAAAGAGAGAGGAGCAGGCUAUGUAUAAUGCAGGUGAUUCUAGCCGUGAGAGGCGGAAGAAAAAAUGA